GGCGUUAAGUUACAAGUUAGAGGAGCCGCACGUGUACACCAUGUUUCGAUGUACCCUUCUCGAACGUGGAAUCGUUCCGUGAUCUAGUCAACUAUCGGUAACGCGGUUUGGAGUAAAGUAGAGAGCCGAGGGGAGCCGAGUGGAGCAGAGGGGCGACGAGAUAAACGACGACCGAAGGUGAAAAAACGAUAAAUCGCGAAAUUAGGACAGAAAAGUUCAACUAUAGCCACCGGUGGAUCGUUUACGUAACAGUGCUCCGAGUGACCGAGGUGUGCGACCGUUCUCGAAACGCUUGCGCUCGUUCCAUCCUUAUCCGCUAGCCGUACGGAUAGCGGGUGUCGUGUCGGUUGAACGGUUCCCCGAUCGAAGCGAAUUUUCACGCUGAACGCGUACUUGUCCACGUUACGCCGGACCUUGGAAUUCGAAAUGAUUCUUAUCGUUUGCCGCAAAUUGCAAAUUGGAACCGAUAGUUACAAAGAGACGAGUUCCGAUGGUUGUUUUAGCGCAACGGCGAUAAUCAUGUCGUGAUAACGAUAAUAAAAUAACCGUUUAGCGUUUACGCGUUACGUCACGUAUCGCGACGGUAACGUUUCUCGGCGUUCGACGAACCAUGCCGAGUAUCGCGAGUUUACGUGAAAACGAUGCUUUCGAUGUCUCGUCCAAGUAGACGAGCACUCGAUCAGUCGUAGCUUACGAGAGAAAAAUGGAAGAAGCGAGACACGCGUGGUCUUCUUUCAAGUCGGUCGGAAAAUUAUCGUCGUCGAGAGGUAACGGCGACACCGACAAUUCCACCACGAUCUGGUACGACGUUCCCGUUCCCGUAAUAAUACAUUGCCACGAGUUUCCCGAUGCAAACGAGGCAAACAAGCCCAAGGUAACCGCCGCGACCAACGAUGCGAACGCUUUCGGUGCCGUCGACCAAGACCGGCGGAUGAUGCUCGCGGACAGUCCCGAAACAGAGCGCGAUAAAGAGACAAAGUUCGAUCUUUACGCGAACGAAAGCCUGCCGUUGGACACCGAACGCAGCAGGCAAGAAAAACGGCACAGAAACACCGUGGAACUGACCGCGAUCACGUCGGUGAAAACCGAUCGAGACGGCGUACCGAGCAUCAGCUUCAGUUUCGUGCACGCCGACGAGAAACUGCCCCGUACGUCCGAGAUCGAUGGAAGGUCGAGCGAAGGUCGCGACGCGUCUACGUCGUCGCGAAAUCAGCUGUACGACUUUCCUAAGAGCUCGUACAUUCGGGACGAAAACGAAACCGAGAAAGUGAUCGAAAGUCGGGACGAAACGGACGCCGACGGUAACGAAAUUCAACGCGCGAGCCAGGAAGAAGUCGAUGCGGGAUCUAUCGAUGUCCCGAGGAAAAUGCACGGAGACGCGAAAGAGCCACGCGACGCGCUCGAACAGGAAAAAUUGAUCGCGCGGGAAAAGGCGAACGAUCGAACGAUUGCCAAAACUGAUCUACCAGCGAAAAGACUGGAUCGGCGAGCGAUACGAUCGGCAAGGUCGUUGAGAUCCGAGCGGAAAAGUUACGGAAUGUCGGAGGGCGAAUACGACGGCGACGCGGGAAUCGCUUCGAUGUCUGGAUCGUAUUCGGAUCCCGAGUGCUCGAACGAACCUCCCUCGAACGUGUCUCGUCGAAACAGACAUUCCAAGUUGCAGAAACAUCGACUGGGAAAAGCAUGGGAUAAAAUGACGAGUUGGAUACGCGACGAAACCUCCAAGAUCAACGAGAUCGUGAUCAAACACGCGAGAUUGCAAGCCGUUGGUGCUCUCGCUGAAGAUGCUCGAGUCCCGAGAGUUGCCAAGAGCAAAAGCACCGCGUCCUACGAUCUGACCAAAGCGAGGACGCAGGAGCUUGGAUCGAUCACAAGGGUCGAAGAGUUCGGGUUGGCCGCUGUCUCGGAGGCAAACGUUACCUCUUCUCCCGAAAGUGCUGCCGUUUCGAUGAAAAAUAUCGCCGACGACGCCGACCCAAAUAACGAUUCGAGAAAAUUGAGAAGGAAAGUUGGCAGUUCCGAUAACGUUUUUAACGUCGACGCUAAGAAACAUUUCGCUCCGGUCUCCUUCAGCAUGGACAAGCUGUGCUUCGAUACGGAAAACGAGGAGGUGGACGGUGACGGAGACGGAGACGGAGACGGAGAUGCAGCCAGGGAUCAUGUUCGGAAAGCUGGCCCAAUUAAGAAAAGAAUGCUGGGGUCAAUCAGAGGGUUAAUGGCCUCCACUCAUCUGCUGCACGUUCACGAGACCGAAGAGGGUGGACAAGGCGGAUUCGAAGAUGUCCGAAGGUUCGUGAAACAGGGCGGUGAUUUCUGCAAGGAGUUAGCGUCGAUUCUCCACGAAAGAGCGGAGCUGGAAGCAACGUAUGCCAAAGGGCUCACGAAACUGAGCAACAAAUUGACGAAGGCGUGUACAAAGGACCAAGGUGGCAAUAGCGGCGGAGGUGUAAACGAGGCAUGGAGAUGCGUCGGCGAAGAAAUGGAGGCUGCCGCGGAAGCCCACAGACUAUGGGGCAUCACCCUCGACGAGCAGAUCGCCAAACCACUCCGAGUAGGAGUAGCGGAGGCUCAAGGACGCUCGCGGAAAUCCGUGGAGAAUUCCGUGGACAAAGCUGGAAAGUCUCUUCACGAGUGGCGCAACGUCGCGACGAAAAGUAAAAAGCAAAGUUUCGCUUGCGCUCGAGAAAAUGAGAGACUGCAAGAUCUGGCGAGGCUACAAUCGAUCAGCCAGAGCCAGCAGAGUAACAACAAAUCGUCGAACCAUCAUAUGACGGAGAAGGAAGCUAACAAGCUCGAGGCGAGAAGGAGAAAGGCCGAAGACUCGUCUCGUAGGGCGGACACGGAGUUUUACACGGUGAGCGUGAGAGCCGAGAGAGCCCGGCUCGAAUAUGAAAGCACGGUGAAGAAGGGAGUCAAGCAAAUGGAACUCCUCGAGGAAGAACGAUUAAGCGCCCUCAAGGAUCUCGCCAACGUUUACCUGGCGCACCUGCAAGCUCUCGCUCCCCGUCUGCAACAGAAUGCGGAUCGAUUGGCAGGCCCGGUACGCAGCUGCAACGUAUCGCAAGACGUUGAAAUUUUAAAGAAUCUUAUACGCAGAGUAGAAAGUAACGACGGUUGUAACUCGGAGCAGCUAUUGCCAGACUUUUACGCCGAGCACGUUACUCUCGCGAUGAACAGGGAACGUCGAAAACAAGCGUUGGUGAGAGUUCUUCACUUGAUCAGACAAGACUUGGAACGAGAGAGACGCGGACGGGAGGGUUUGGAAACGCUUCAUAGAGCUUUCAUCGCUACGCCGGCGUUCGCAGCGGACGAGAGUACGCAAAAUGUUACCGAAAAAUUGCACCACAUGCGCUCCAUGUUACUAUACCUACAGGCAGCGAGGUAUAAAGUUGGAGGGACAUUAGCGGAAGUGGAAGGCAGCAAACGAGGCAAGCAUCCCUUGUCGGAACAUAUUCUAGUGUCGAGAGACAAGCAGGGCUUGCAGCAAAGUGUUCUUAAGGUUCCUUCUUGGGCAAAGAACGAAUCGUUUGAGUUUCAGGACGACGAAGACGAGAUAGAGGUUCAUCUCGCAAAGGAUCACGAAACCGAGAGUCGUCAUUGGGCCGAUCGAACGGCCGGCGAUGGAAAUUCGGAGAAUCCACCCGACGAAGAUGACUUCAGCGAUUUCGACGAGUUCAGUAGCCAUUCCGAAGAUAAUAACAAUAGUCAAGACGUCGACGUUGUCGAGACAACGAGCAAAACCGACGGAACGGAACAGUGUAGGGCGAUCUAUCAGUACUCGGCGAAUCUAAACGACGAGCUUAGUCUAAGCCCUGGAGACUUGAUAACGGUGCAUCAGAAGCAACCGGACGGUUGGUGGAUAGGUGAGUGUAGAGGUCGAACUGGAAUAUUUCCAGCCACGUACGUACAAGUUAUUCAUUGAUUCGAUCGCACCAUUUCUUCCUUUAAGUUUCCGAAAUAUCAGCAUCGGUUCUUCUUCUUUUUCUUCCUGCGAACAAAGCAUUAUACGAAUUGCAAUUUAAACGUAACGAUCGAAUCGAUCGAGAAGCUACCAAAGCACACUGGGAUCGAAAGUCUAACACAUUUUUUCGUAAACGUGUUAACUUUGACUGUUUAGAAUUAUACAUACUAUAUAUGUACGCGUAUUACUUUUUUUAUAUUUAAAUUUAAUUCACGGCUAUAACAAUCCGAAGUUAUCGCGUGUCAUGCGAUCGGUAUCGUUUCUAAAAGACAACUAUUUAGUAAACAGAUAUUUA